AUGGGUGGAGUUCAGUCCUCACCGAUUAAUGUGCGCAAUUACUCUGUAAGUACGGGAACGAGGACUGUGCAUCUCAGACACACUGGAAACAAUAAUAUCCCGGAAUUCCCAAUCACACGGACGCUGAGGAGGAAAUCUUCGAUCCUCACUCAAGGAUGGAAUUUUGCUAAGAAAACAGCGAACUCAGUCCUUCCAAAUGUGAUUCAAUCCGGGUCCUCGGAGGUGUCGAAUAAGAAGAAGAACGAGAAAUCCUUCAGAUCUCUUAACCCAAGCCGAUCUCAAUCGUCCAUUCUCUCUCCACUGUCCGAAGAUCUCGAUGACAAUUUCAACUAUGUCUCAGAGCCCAUAAAACCUCUGAAGCCCCUCAAAUCAGAAAACUCGACUCUCUACGCAAACCAUCUUCGACUUGAACCUGAAUUCUGUCGUAAAACCUCGUCAAAUGAAGUAAGGUUCAUGAGCUUGAAUAUCAUCUUCUUUUAGGACAUCAAGAAUAAUAACAAUUGGAGCUAUAAUCUGUCGCCGCCUCAGGGACUUCAAAGAAUUCUAACAAAGUUUGGUCAGAGCAAGAGCGAUAAGCGAUGUUCUUUAUCCACCUCUUCAAGUGCCACCUCUUCUACAGCAUCCACGGAAUCCGCGCAAUCGUUUACAUUGGUGUCCCAGAGUAAUUUCCAGAGUUCUUUACUGCCCUCUUCCGAAUCAUCUUACUCCUGUAUAUCAGAUCAGGGAUAUUGCGAUAAGAAUGACAUUAUACAUUCAUCCACGGCCGAGCUUCUGCUUGGAUUGGGAAAGUUUGUGGCCAAAAAAUGCCGAGUUUCUCAGUUCGAGCCGGCGCAACUAGUUAUGUGGCUUCGUUCCAUCGACAGAUCACUUAUGUUACAGGUACAGAAAUUAAUAUUACAAAAAAAAGUUAAAUCUAAGCCACAUUUUAAUGAAUUAAUUUAGGGGUGGCAAGAUGUAGCCUUUGUGAACCCCGCCAACCUCGUCUUCGUCUAUUUCUUGGUGAGAGAACAAUUGGAAAAGGAAGUGGAUGACAUUCGAACCACUACAGAGUUGCAGUCUCUGAUUCGAACAUGCCUUUACGUCAGUUACAGCUAUCUGGGAAACGAGAUCUCUUAUCCGUUAAAGCCUUUUAUCUCGGCCACCGAGGUUUGUUUAACCGGAACUUGGCAUGAGGCUCUUUACUUUCAGAAUCGACGCAAAUUUUGGAAUCGAUGUAUCCAGCUGAUUAAUGAGCACAGCGAAGAUAUGUUGAGGCUGAACACUUCGACCACAUUCUUCUUGGACAUGUUCUCCGAACUACGCACUUACGCUUGUCUGCCGGUAUUUUAG